AUGGCCGCGCCCUGGGGCUGGGCGCUGGGCGAUGGGAAACGGAACCGCAAGGAACGGCCAUCGACCGAACAGCCCGAGGUGCCCCCGUCGCUGCCCGUGUCCUCCGUCCGCGCGGCGACGUCGCCCCCCGUACCCACCCGCUGGGUCAUUCCUACCUCUUACAGUGGUGUUAUUACACCUUCUCCGGCCACAGAACAUAAGGGGAGCUCCUGGCAGCCGGUCGCAAACACGGAGUCUGUCCGUGAGCUGUCAGGGCCGGCGUGUUAG